AUGCCUCGCACCGACACUGCUCUGGGCACCGACCGGAAGCGGCAGCGGACCGAUAAAAUAGCUGAAAUUUCUAAAAUGCCCCUCCCACGUGGGAAAAGACCUGGGCGAUAUAUAGCGUGCGGUCUGUUGUUUCUAACGUUCGGCUCUUCGGACGCGGCAAGAGGAGAGAGCCGGCGGUCUUCUAGAGAGCGGCCAUGGAAGAAAAGACCCCAAGCUUCAAGAAUCCGAUCUGCAGAGAGUACCAGGGCUACAAGAAGAAGGUUCACUUGGUGGCGUGGAGUUGUUUGGGCACCAAGCUCGCGUCUGGCUUUGCUGAUCACAGCGGCUAUGGAAGAGAAGACCCCAAUCUUCAAGAACCGGAUCUGCAGAGAGCACCAGGGCCACAAGAAGAAGGUUCGCUUGGUGGCGUGGAAUUGUUUGGGCACCAAGUUCGCGUUUGGCUUUGACGAUCACAGCGGCUAUGGAAAAGAAGACCCCAAGCUUCAGGAACCCGAUCUGCAGAGAGUACCAGGGCCACAACAAGAAGCAGGUACAGUUGAGGUACUGGCUUAUCAAUCUCUUAAGGUGCUUCACACCUUGGUGGAUUAUACAGCAGGUUGCUAUAAUAUCGCAACUGAUCCCAUUGGAAGUGUUCAGACUGGAUGGUAGGUGCAUUAGAUCUUCCGUAAGGCUGCAAUGAACAGUGUGGAGUGGAACCCUAAAUAUAAUUUGCUGGCAUAUGCAGGAGACCAUAAGAACAAAUACCAAGCUGACGAAGGUUCGCUUUAAUGUGUCCUUUUUCUUUUCCUUUCACCUUUUCACUCUGUUUCUGUAUGUAUUUUUUUUCCAAAUCUAGGAGAACGAAUGGUUGCUUCUUGAGUUUUCUAGGGAAGAAGGGGAGGGAAGGAUGCAAACAAGCAGUGUCAAGCUGAGUAUCAGGCUGCUUGGCUCCAGGGGUGCUGGCUCCAGGGGUGCUAUGGAUUUAGGUCAACCUGAACCAAUUUUGUUGGGUUGGUUUUGUUCUGGUUUUAGAUGGAUUGGGUCAUUCUAGUGCUGAUUUUUUUUCGAAACCUGGUUGGAUUAGGUCUGGUCCAGGUUGAGGGGUUGGGUAGCUUGACCCAACCUGAUCCACGUAUGCAAACUAUUUGUUGGAUUGGAGUUUGUGAAAUUGGAGAAUUUCCUUCAUUAUUAUUCUCUUUUACUUUCCUUUCCA